AUGGAGGUCUCGGAACCAGCCGAAGAUGCUGACAGUCCAACGGUAACCCGGCCAAAACGGUCCCGAACAGGUUGCUUGACGUGCCGUACUCGACGUCGCAAAUGUGACGAGAGCAAACCAACAUGUCAGAAUUGCACAUCGAAAGGUUUCGAGUGUCGUUAUGCUGCCGCUUUCCAGAUCUUAGGCAAGAACAAUUACACGCCAGAAGUGGAGAGCAGUGUGAAAUAUGGAAAUGUUCGGUUUGUCGGAGACAAUGACAAACAACCAGCAGAUGAGAACGGAAAUAUUUUGGUUGUCAACACUGGAAAGAAUACCGAGACUAGUCCUAGUCUCAGCAGUCGCACAGUCUCGAUCCCUCAGGGCAGGGAACAGCGUUUGACGGGAACUGAAAACCUACCCGGACCGGCUGAGCUACAAAAUGUAGCGAGCCACACCCCGUCGCCGAACAGCUACGAGUUUGCGUUGCAUGGCCUGUUAGCACUAGGUUCUGGAAACGGAGUCAACGACGGAUUGACCUUCUCCCCAAUGAAUGAGCCACUCAACCAACUAGUUACAUCGGCAUUCGAUAGUAUACCGAUGCUGGGUGACCAUGUGGCCCUAGUGCCGAAAGCAGGCGGCGGCCAUAGAAUUGGCGACACGCAAGUCGGUGAAAACUGGCAAUCGACAAGUCCCAGUCGAGUUCAGGUCGACGGGAAUGUCUACAGCACGGUUGCAACAGUAGAAUCCCCUUUUGCUGCAACGCCCGGAAGCGAAUCGAGCUCCAUAAACCGCACCAUAGCGAUUGCAGGAAGUAAUAAAGCGGCGAGUACACAUCAAACGAGAAUUUCGGACUUGUCGACGCCAGGGUGGACAAACACAUCUGAUGCAGUGCCACGGGACUUCGUAUUGGAAUUGUUGAAGUACUAUCGGUACCACAUUGCGCCUUGGCUAGACAUUUGCGACUCUAACCAAUGUUUUGGUGUCGAAGUUCUGGCACUAUCGGCUGAAACGACAAUGGUCCGCUACGGAGUACUGGCGCUCGCUGAUGCAAUACUGAAUAGGAACGGCACGGCGCAGAUACAAAAAAUAGCGGAUGACAAUAGGGAGUCGACCGCUGAACAAGAUGUAAUACAAUGCGCACUUCUGGACGUGUUCCACAUCCUGAAAGAUGUGGUGACUGACCUUGGGAACUUCUGGCUGCAGGAAGCGGAGGCUGGCAAUGGGAGGAAAGUCAUCGACACGUUACUACCUCAACUCAACAGCGACUCAGCACUGGCUUCUUGUGCGUAUUGGCUAGCGGUGAGGCUUGUACUGAGCUGUGCACUGAUGGCUUCAACGCCAGUUCGCAUUCCGCUUCCAUUUGCAGCUGAAAAUCUCUUUCGAUCAACCGGAAAUGAUAGCAUAGCGCGAUGUGCGCAAGAUGUUAUAGCCUUGUGUGUCGAUGCAGCCAUGUUCUCGCAGGGCGACGAGGACCGGUGGCUUCAGCAACGGUAUGGCCUGAAUCGGGUAGAGGUUUGGAAAAUGCUUGUUCAGGGCUUCGUCCAUUGGUACAUGCACCGCCCACAGGAGUUCCAGCCUAUCAUCGAGCUUUAUCCCAGAGACGGUAUGAGAUCCGACCAUGAUUUCCCAACCAUAGUCUUCACAGGCGGCGCAGCCAUCUUAGCCAAUCAGCUUUACCACACUGGCAUGUUGUUGCUGUUACAAAACAAGCCACGCUUUGCCGAUAGGCCCAGCUCACACUCGUCUUCCAUGUCGACACUAUGGCACGCACAUAGAAUCUGCGGUAUCGCGAUCCAGAACGAGGAACCCGAAUAUUGGGAUCCAUGCUUAGUCGCUUCGCUCAUCGUUGCCGCCCGGACUGUAACGCACAGAAGUCAGCACGCUGCUAUCGUUUACACCCUUGAAAAUGUUCAGAGACUGACUGGAUGGAACCUCUCGCGCUAUACCGAUGAGCUGAGGAGCGAGUGGCAAUUAGCCGACGGAUGGUGA